AACGACAAGUUUUUAUCCACCAAAAUUUGGAUCGUUCGUGAUGAAUAAAUGCAAAUGGAGGUAAUUCUUCAUGGUGGUCCUUGAGGAACAGGGGAAGGUGGAGUUUGUUGUCGCUUCCCUUUCGGCUCUCUUUCUAAAUCCCACUCUUUCUUCAGAUCCCAUCUCGCCUUCUGAUAGAAUUGACUUCCAUUGUUAGUUCUGUUCUUUGUUCUUGGCAAAGAGUGGGAGAAGAAUUGUAAAAAAAUUGUGUUUUUGGACGACCCGGAAAGUAAAGGUCCUCCAAAAAUUGUGCUUUGCAGUCGCCAGAACGGAAAAGAUUGGAUUUUGUCGAGUCCCGCCGCAAUUCUGUUCGAGCUCUGCUCGAUCUUGCUGUCAAAAAUUGAAUUUUGACUUAGGGUUCAGGGUUUUGAGAGCUCUUGCAGGAUUUCGGUUGCGGUUUAGGGUUUUUAUUAAUUGCGUCUUCUUCGUGUUGUGCCAUGUCGUCGUACUGCCUCAGUAGCGGCCGGGCGUACGGCUUCGACCUCGAGAUAGCAAAGCCGUCGUCUCCGUCGCCAGCGCGAUCCUCGUCGCCAUCGUCCACCCUCUCUGAAUCGAGCAACGCGCCGGGAGCGGUCUCCUUCAAGAAAGCGAGGGCUCCCCGGAAGCGGCCGAAUCAGACGUACAACGAGGCCGCCGCCCUCCUCGCCACCGUCUACCCGACCGUCUUCUCCGCCGCCAAGCUCUCCAAGCAAGCGCCGUUCGCCUCUUUCCCGGAGUCCGACGACCUCCUCCUGCCGUUACCGGUCCUCAGCGACGCCGCGUUCCUAAUCCACAAGCCCCGCCAGGAGAACCUCGCUGCCGACGCCGGCCGCGAGCUCAAGCACCGGCCGCCGCCAGCUGACUGGGAGUGCGCGAGCCCGGCGAGCAACGUCUCGUGGGAGCCGUCUUCGCUGGACCCAUUCGACGAUGAAUUUGACGCCGAGUCCAUCCUCGACGAGGAAAUCGGAGGCGGCAUCGACAGCAUCAUCGGCGACGCCGGCGCGAAAAGCUCCACCGACGGCGUCGAAUCGACUCGCUCCAAUCCGUGCAUAAAUCCCCUGCUCCGUUACUUAAUCGGCAACAAACUCGGUGCAAAAUUCCAUCUUGGUCUCGGUUACGGAAAAAACUUGCGGCGAGCGUUGAAGAACAGUGAUGACCGGGAGUGGUGGAGGGCGCCGGCGGUGCCAGUGCGUGACAUCAACUCGGACUUCAAGCCACUUGCGACGCUGAUGUCAGUGACUACAUCGUCGAAGAAGAAGAAGAAGAAGAAGAAGAAGGUGGACAAAGUAGAGGAAGAAGAAGCCAUGGCAGUUACUGCAAACUCUGCUUGGACUCCAUCGCCAGGGAAGCUGAAGGCCGGCCUGGGACUAAAGCUGAGCCAAGACCACAUACUCCGGUCAUGGUCCGGCAACGUCUCCAUCUUCUCAGACGGCCCCCACUCCCCUAAUUCGUCCGCCGAUGCUCUUGCAAGAUUGACAGACAUCGAUCUUUUUCUUGAUGCUGGCACUGCGGGAGGAGUAAGGGAAGCAAGCGUUCUGAGGUACAAGGAGAAGAGGCAGACCCGACUAUUCUCAAAAAAGAUCCGAUACGAGGUGCGAAAGACGAAUGCCGACCGACGGCCAAGGAUGAAGGGGAGGUUUGUGAGGAGGCCAUUUGAAGAAACAGAGGCAGAGAACCAUGGAAGCCAUGAUUUCCAGCGGGAAAGUUUUGUUUAACUUGAAUCCAUUCGAAAGGCCCCUUUGUUAAUGUCAGAGGUUUUUCUUCUUUCCCACGGAGCGAAUGAAAUGAGAUUUUGUGA